GAGUGGCGCCUGGGAUUGCAGGGAAUAGAGCGCGAGAGCUAUUGUUGGCUGACCCACCCCAAAGAGGGUGACAUCCACUCCAAGAUGUGUAGCUUGGGGCGGGUCGACCCCUUCGAGGUGGGAUAUGCUUGCACGAGCAUCCCCGAUCACCAGCCCGAGGGCCGGGCUCCCAACCAGCCCCUGAGCUACGUGUGGCAGUCAGCCAAAGUGCUGGACCACGCCAUCAACAAAGUGGUGUACAUCGGCUACGAACACCCAAGCGGCCGCGCGUACGCCCUCGCCCGGCACCCAAAAAAAGCGCUCAUCGCGCCGAAGAUCCUCAUGGAUGAGGAUCUGAUCAAUGAGAAGAUCAAGGGUGCUGACAUCCCGGACGAUGUGGAUGCCACGUAUAUGAAGUCCGCGGAUGGCACGUGCACAUAUGUUUCUUGGAGGGACGUCAUGGCCAGCAAGUCUAAGGGUCUAGCAACGGUUUCAGCUUUGGUCCUGAGCUUCCUGGUGCCAGAGCUGAGGGACUGGAAGGUUCCACGUUCGCAUGCCCGGACCCCCCGACUGCCUGGCUCCAUGCUCUUCGAUGUUUUCUGUAUGGCAGGCUACGAUCAAAGCAGCGGCGAGUGCCACCAUAACCUGAACUGGCAGAGUGCUGCGACUCAAGGCAUCAGCGAUGGGACGACGCCGUGCUUCCCGCAGAUCUAUCCAAGUCGUGUUCCGAGUGAGGUUGCUACGAGACUUGCCAAGCAACUGACCAACCCAUAUGGCCCCGACAUGGUGUUGUCCCGCUGGGUCCUGCACACCAUGCCUUGCUUCAAGAUGCUCUUGGCUCCAGUUUACCUUGCCUUGGACGCUUGGUACAGCCGCCGUUGA